AACGACUAUAUAACUCAGCACAUGUCCAACACACAUGUAGGUGCAAAAAGUUCGUGGUCCCGUCGUCUUGCCACGCCGUCGCGAACCAACAUUACAAGAAAAAAGGCAAAGAGUGUCGGCAAAAAAUCACACUCUUAAACUUAGUACACUCUUAAACUUACUGAUACUCCUUUAAAGUUUUCUUGUAGUGCAAGAUGCUGCCGGCGAGUGCAGCAACGCCGCCACCCGCCUACGACAGGCUGGAUAAGAAGGACGCGGAGGAGGCGCCGCACGUCCGGGCGCAGUUCCUGAUCCACAAGGUGCUCAACGAUGCAACGCCGUCGUCGUCGCGGGCGGUAAGGCCUAGGAGCAGGCCACCGGCGCUGGUGAGAGUGAAGCAGGCAAGGGUCGGCGUCCGGCUGAAGAAGCUCAGACUCGCCAUCCGGGGCGUGAGGGCGCGCGCCCGCCGCGCCGUGCAGAGGCACCUCAGGAACCUCAGGAGGCUCAUCGCGCGUGGAGGAGGACGGGGAUCGUCGUCAGUGAGGCCGGCAGCGGCAGGGCCUCCUCCCUCUUGAUGGCUUCGAUUUCUCCCUGACGGCAACGAGGCAUGGAGACCGCCGUCGUGUUGGGCCGGUUCGAGCAAUGCGACCACUAUGCGGUGUGGUAGUGGUCUGGUGUACAAGCAUUUUCGAUGCGUAUAAGUAUAUAUAACACACUGUGUACAACCGUAUUAUACAUUUCA